CAGUGUUGAUACUUAUACACCUGCAAAAAUCAGAACGAUGUAUAUCAUUUUUCUGCUAGUUGUGAUAAGCUGCCGAAAUUUAUCGCAGCAGUUAAGUCAAAGUUAAGGAAAAUAGCGACUUUUUAGAAAAUGGAGGAGUCCAAUGGAUUAAUUUAUGGCUUAGAACUGCAAGCCCGUGCAUUGACUCCACAAUACGGCGAGGGAAAUGAGGUCCGCUUUUUUAUUGCGACUAACUCCUUAAAGCCAACAAAUCAAGUUCAUUUACUGGAGUUUAAUGAAGAGAAAGCAAACGUACAAGCAAAAAUAUACGAACAUUCGCUUGGCGAAGUUUGGAAGUUAAAUAGCAGUCCUCAUGAUGAAAAUUUGAUAGCUUCCUGCUACAAUGUACUCAAAGGAUCCCAAAUACAAACACAAGCGGCUUUGCUUCAAAUGCCUACGGAAGUAGAUGAACAAAAUUUAAAAAUGGAGUUUCUACCUUGGCAGCAAGUUGAAACAUUGGAUACGGAGAAAUUUGGUGAUAAAGUGAAAACUGUUGAAUUUCAUCCCAGUCAGAAAAAUACUUUAGCUUGUGUAGUGGAUGGAAAAGUUGUUAUUUUUGAUCGUGCUGAAUCACAAACCCGUGUUGUAGCAGAAGCUGCGUCUCCAAAUGCGCAGAAAAAUGCACCUUCAUUCACCACAGGAAAGUGGUCUCAUCACCAUCAAGGACAUCAGUUCUUUACCUUACACGAUUGUAGUGUGCGUUCGUUUGAUAUUCGUGACACCCAACACUGUGCAUGGUCCAUUGAAGAUGCCCACAAUCAAUUAGUUCGUGAUUUGGAUUGCAAUCCCAAUAAACAAUGUCAUAUUGUAACAGGCGGCGAUGACGGUGCCGUAAAAGUUUGGGACUGUCGUAUGCCAAAAGAACCAGUAUUCUUCCGUAAUGAUCAUGCGCAUUGGGUUUGGUCAGUACGAUUUAACACAUUCCACGACCAGUUAAUAUUAUCGAGCUCAAGUGACUGUAAAGUGUUACUGACUUGUGCUGGUUCUGUAAGUUCCGAGGCAUCGAGUGAUGCGCUGCCUGAGGAACGUCGACGAGUACUUUCUGAUGGUUUACUACAGACUUUUGAUCAACAUGAAGAUUCUGUGUAUUGCGUCGAAUGGAGCAAUGUGGAUCCUUGGAUAUUUGCUUCGCUUAGUUACGAUGGGCGUGUAUUAAUCUCAAAAGUCCCAAAGCAAUACAAAUAUCAAAUAAUAUUUUAAGUAAUAUUUAUUGAACUUAAAAAUUAUGUUUAUGCAUUUUAAUCUUAAUUAAAAUAUAAUAAUUUAACACUAAAUAUAUAUAGGCCUUAAUGAGUGUCUACCCAGUGUCCUCCGAUGUACAAUCAGACGAGUCAUUGGGGUUAGUGGUUUCAAUUGAGCAUACACGUUUAAUUAAUUCAUUUUCAAUGGGUUUGCCAUUGUCAACGGCUUCUUCCAUUUGUACA